AUCAUCAUUAUUAUCAUCAUCCAUCACCAUGGCCAUCGAACUACUGGAGACUCUCAAAGACGCAAUAACCGCAUAUACCGGACUAUCUCCGACCACUUUCUUCACAGUAGUCGCUUUGGGUCUGGCCGUCUACUACGCCGUCUCCGGUAUGUUCGGUGGCUCCUCCGAUCAUCAACUACAACAAAGGUCUAGUUCUUUCGAAGCCAUGCAACCUCUGCCGCCACCGGUUCAGCUCGGGGAGGUUACCGACGAGGAGUUGAAAGCGUACGACGGAACAGAUCCGAAAAAGCCUCUGCUUAUGGCCAUCAAAGGUCAGAUCUACGAUGUCUCACAAAGCAGGAUGUUUUACGGUCCAGGUGGUCCUUAUGCACUGUUCGCCGGAAAAGAUGCUAGCAGAGCUCUUGCAAAAAUGUCCUUUGAAGAAAAAGACUUGAAUGGUGAUCUCACAGGACUUGGUGUUUUCGAGCUUGACGCGUUGCAAGAUUGGGAAUACAAGUUCAUGAGCAAGUAUGCAAAGGUUGGAUCCAUCAAAGCACCGGAAACUGUUCCUGAUGCAACAACUGCUGAGCAGCCUGCUGAGUCCACUGCAGCCCAGCCUACCGAGCCGACUGCUGAUGAGCCUACCGAGUUGACUGCAGCCGAGCCUGCAGAGCCUGCUGAUCAUCCCAAGGUUACAGAAGAUACUCAAUCAGAAAAUGUAGCCACAGUAACAAAAGAAGAAAGCUCAACUACAAGCGAAGCCAAUAAAGAAGAUUGAAGUUACAAUGUGGGGUAAUUGGGUGCAAAUGGUUUAUAAUUGUUUGUCAUCAUAUGCUAAAAUUAUAGGAUUAUAGCUCGGACACAAUGCCGUAUCCGGUGUUUACGAGGAUUGAUCAUGGCCAUAUUAUGAGAGUUAAUCAAAUAUCAUUGAGUUGAACUGAAUAGAAACGGUGACAAUUUUUAGAAUGAA